AUGGCAAGACUCAAGGGAUUCGAUCUGCUCUCACUCGGCGUAGUAUCUGCAGCCGGUGUUUGGAUGGGCAUAAGGUUCUUCGAGCCUCUGGUCAUUGACCGAUUGAGAGAGGAUGGGAACCUGCGAACAGACAUACCGGUUCCAGAAUACGACAGCAACGGCGAUCCCGUCGGGUCGAAGCCGAUGAGUGAACUAAGAGACGAAUUGGUCGCGAUCCAGAGACGAGAAAAGCAGGAAGCAGACAGUCAGCCACCAGGCUCAUCUGCUCAUUAG